AUGUCGUCGGCAUCUCCUCACGUCCCUAAGGGACAGGGACUGCGCUUCCAGAAGCAGGGCGACGCUGCUUAUGCAAAGGCUUCGGCUGCCAGAGAUGCGGCUGCUGCCGAUGCACUUCUCUCUCGUCGCAACGCGCUGCUGCAGGACUACGCUCGAGCACAUCAGAAACCUGCUUGGUCACCCUCCAUUUCGGCCGCCUUCCGAUUCCUUGUCAUCAUCCGCGUGUCUUCGGCCAUGUAUUCCGUCAUCAAGGACUGCGACGAGAGCUUUGGCUAUUGGGAGCCGCUUCAUCUGCUUGUGUUCGGUAGGAGCGGCCAUAGUCAUGCGUCGGUUGCCUUUCAAACGUGGGAGUAUUCGCCUCAAUUCGCCAUCCGAUCUUGGGCAUUCAUCGUUCACUAUCUGCCGCUUGCAAAGGCGCUCGCCCGCUUUGGCAUGGGAAGGCGCCAGGUGUUUUUCGCCGUUCGACUGCUUCUCGCCUUUGUCUCUUCGCUGGUAGACGCAAGAUUUUACAAGGCCGUCGCCGACGUUUUCAGCGCAAGGGUGGGACGCUACUGUCUCAUGGCUAUGGCUACGAGCGCUGGUAUCUACGAGGCUUCGACCGCAUUUUUGCCCUCGACGUUUGUCAUGCAUGCUACCACCUUGGCCUUUUCGGCGUGUCUCUAUCCGGCACGAUUGCCCGCCUCGGACCCUUCGGUACUCUCGAACCCAUCGCAACGGCCCUUCAAACCCGAGCGCCUCUUGCUUUCGGCUCUGUCCUUCGCUGCAGGUGCCAUCAUCGGUUGGCCCUAUGCCAUCGUCCUCGCGCUCCCUUUCGUCCUUGAACAGCUCUUCUUGCGAGGUGAUGACAUUGUUGCCAAUGGCAAGUUUUACAACUGGAUCGUGUCCAGAUGGUCCACAGCUAUCGGUGCUGCCAUCUUUGCCACUAUCAUCGCUCUACCUGCCUUUGCCAUCGACACGCUAGCGUACGGCAAGCUCACCUUCGUGCCACUCAAUACGAUCCUGUACAAUCUCUUUUCUAGCACAAGAGGCGCCGGUCCCGAGCUGUAUGGCACCGAACCUUUCACCUUUUACUUUUCCAACCUCUUCCUCAACUUUACCAUCUUCUUCCCGCUCGCAUUGCUUUCGCUUCCUCUGCUGCUCGUAAGCGCACGUAUCGAUCCCAAGCGCUUCCAGAGACCAGCGCUCGAAACCAAGAAAGGUCACGCAUCCGUCGAGAGGCCCUCCAGCCUCUUUUCGCUUGCUCUUCUCCGCAUCGCCCCCUUCUAUAUCUGGUUCGUCGCACUCAGUCUCCAGUCGCACAAGGAAGAGCGCUUCAUGUAUCCCGCCUACACGCUGCUCUGCCUCAAUGCUGCCGUGUCUCUCUACCUCAUUCGUACCCUGUCCGAGGUGGUUUUCGUUCGAGUUACCAAGUCGCCCUACCGUGCUUCCAAGUCGAGCCUGUUUACCACCAUCACCUCGUCGAUUCUGGCUCUCGGACUUGUGCUUGGCGCACUGCGAUCUGUCGGUCAGCUCAACAACUACCACUCGCCCUUUGACGUGCUCUUCCACUUCGAAGGGUACGAGCUGCCCCGUGUCGUCGCGGAUCUGUUCCCUGACACGCUAAGCCCGCAAAUUCAGCAGCGCAUCGCGCGCGGUCUUUCGCCCGUCGCCACGGAGCAGGAGAAGGAGUACAACGAUCGCGGUUAUGGUGCCGAGAACAAGGGAAUUAGCGUCGAUCUUUCGAUCAGCCUCGCACCGCUGUCUACGCUCGAGACGCCCGUGAGGCUGUGCUACGGGAAGGAGUGGCAUCGCUUCCCAACACAUUUCCUCGUCCCGGCUGGGGUUGAGGUCGAGUGGAUCAAGAGUGAGUUCAGCGGGAUUCUUCCGAAACAUUUCGCCGUGGAUGCUGUCUCCUCAGUCCAGCCCUCCAAUGGCAUCGUCAAGACGCUGGACGCUACUCUCGGGUGGACAUGGCCGUGGUCUUCCGUCACCCGUCGCGUACAGUCCGGAUUCAACGACCUCAACAAAGAAGAGAUGGACCGCUACGUCGACGUCGGCACGUGCGAUUAUCUCGUGGACCUCGACCUGCCGCAUCGCAGCCUGGCUUCCAACGAGUCGCGCUACGAACCUCGGUAUGCCACCAUGGCCGACGAGUGGGACCGCGUGUUUUGCGGGGCGUUCCUCGAUGCCGAGUUCAGCAGGCCUGCUGUGGAUCCGCGCGACUCGUGGGUCAGCAGAGUGGGCAGGAAGGUUGCCGCGACCAUGCAUCGCGCGUUCUGGCUGCCCAAGAGUUGGCCGGGCAAUACGAAUGUGUAUGGCGAUUACUGUCUGUUGCGCAAUCGCGAGAGCAGUCUUGCUCCUACAAAAGCGAGUAACGAGGCGUAA